GCACCAACCGCCAACCCGGUGACAGUUGGAUCGGCAGCAAUGGCGGGGGUGAUGGAGGCGGGACGCGAGAGCCCGUGCGGCCCGGAGCAGAAGAGUUGGGCCCACGACGCUCCCCAGAAGCGGAGGAGAGGCCCGGGAGCCGUGGCCACGGCCUACAUGAUCGUCUACAACGUGGUGAUGACGGCCGGGUGGCUGGUCAUCGCAGUGGGGCUGAUUCGAGCCGGGCUGGCCAAGGGCACUUACCACGGUCUCUAUUAUUCCAUAGAGAAGCCACUGAAGUUCUUCCAGACGGGAGCCCUGCUGGAGAUCCUUCACUGCGCUGUGGGGAUCGUCCCAUCCUCUGUGGUGCUGACAGGAUUCCAGGUCAUGUCACGAGUCUUCUUGACUUGGGCGGUGACCCACAGCGUGAAGCAGGUUCAGAACGAGGACAGCGUGCUCCUGUUUGUGGUGGCCUGGGCGGUUACCGAGAUAGUCCGCUACUCCUUCUACACCUUCAGUCUCCUCAACCACCUGCCCUACCUCAUCAAAUGGGCCAGGUACACGCUGUUCAUCGUGCUGUAUCCCAUGGGGGUGACGGGCGAGCUGCUCACUAUCUACGCCGCCCUACCACACACUCGGAAGUCCGGCCUCUAUUCCAUCACUCUCCCCAACAAAUACAACUUCUCCUUCGACUAUCACACCUUCCUGAUCCUGGUCAUGAUCUCCUACAUUCCAAUCUUCCCACAACUCUACUUCCACAUGUUCCGCCAGAGGAGAAAGGUGCUGCUCACUAGAGCAGAGAGCAAAAAGAGCAACUAGCUCCCACCGUCUUUACCCGAACAUUACCUACUGGUUUCACUGGAGAACGUUCAGUUGUCAAAUGAACCGUGCGAUUUCUACGAAAACACCCAAUUAAUCUCAGACCAGGCCCGUGACCAAUAUUCUGCGUUUAAAGAGACAGUUCCCCCCCCCUUUUUGUUGACUUCCAUUAGAGUUACGUCCAGGGUUAUCUCAUUGAACCAUUACUUUAAGGGACCAUAGCGGUGGUGGAGGGAGAUUGGGGGGCGGGGGAGAGGAGCCCGAUUCAGUUAGAAUCUACUAAAUGUAUAUUAACAGUGCUUGCUUCGGAAACCGUCUCCUUUGGGUUCGGCCACCAGUGUUGUGCUCAGUUCCUCAGUCCCACAUCUAAAUUCUGUGAAGCGCUUUGAGACGUCUCGAAGGUGUGAUAAGGCUCCAU